CCCGACGCCGGCGAUGUCCUAAAUGCAUUGUGGGUAAACGCGGCGUUUGUUUGCACGCUCUCAUCUCCGCAAACACGUCUGCGCUUACAAAGACGAGAAAAUCCGAACCAAACGACGAGAUUAAGGCGACCAUCCGAAGACGUCACGCCUCGUCCUCGCUGCUGUUUCUUUUUCUUCUUCAUUUGAUUCUUUGCCUUCUUUUUGUUCCCCCCAUCCUUGCUGCACGUCCGUCAGGAUGUCCGUCACUCGGAGAAGGCCACGACCUUUCCUCCCAAAGGCUCUCUUUCACUCGAGAAGGUUUUUCUUCCCCUGAAUCGAACGUGACCCGACAUAUGUGACACGUGAACAUCUGAAUCUUAAUGAAAUACGAUCCGAUCGAUUUGGAGGACUAGCAACGCUUUCACUGCUGUGUACGUUUCGAUUGGUCAACUGGAAUCCAACCGUUUAGCGCCACCAUCGCUUACAUUCGUGAAGUACGUUUGUCUACGGUGAAGCGUGGAAGAGGGUCAAAUGCCGUUUGCAAACCGCUGUGACGACUAGCGGAUGAUCGUCGCAUCGCUUGGGAUUUAAGAUCAGCACGGCUUUUGAGUAGAAGAUCCAGAUUCGCUGGGGGAUGUCGGCUCGUCGCGUCGAUUGUGAGGGCGAGAAAUGCCAACACGUCGGGCAAGUUGAGUCCGACAGAGUAUGUAUAUGUACGGGUAGAAACGGAGUAUGCUGUUGCAGGAGUUGAUUCAGUGAAGGUGUUUUAGAGACUGCGCUUGCACGUACAGACCAGUUCCUGUAUGUUCCUGAAGGCUGCUUGAUCUUGAAUUGUUUUCAGACCUUCGUUCGAAUCGGAGGAGGCUAUCGAGGAAGAUGAUGCCGCUCUCAAGAAAGUUUGCAGCCUUUUUUUCUCUUCGUCUGGGCGCAAGUAAGACGACGGCGGAGCGUGGAGUCGUCGACGCUCGUUCAAACUUUGGAGCCCUGGUUCCGGCCGACGUGCGGCGAGCAGACCUCGGCGCACGUCGGCCGUCAAAGUAAACUCAAGCUCGCGACUCCAAAUUCAGACUCGCGGAACUUUCGCAAACUCAAUUGUAUCCAAUCUCCAAUCGUUUUCCGAGUGGAACGUUUCGCGUUUUGGGCAACUCGUGUAGCGCUUACGAAUGAGGCCUGUAGAGGCUUUUGCCGCGUGGGGCGCUCGGUCAGCUCUAUUUAGGGCCUCAUGGCGGCGGCGGCGGCAGCUGCGUUGGGAAGUUCCCUGCGCGUCUGGGACAUUCCGGACCCUUUACAGAUUCAACUGCUGUACUUAAGUAAAAGUAAAAAAAAGUACCGCUGCUGAAAUGUGCUUAACUAAGUGGAAACAAAAAAAAGUCGAUGCCAUAAAACAAGUGUUUUGAUAACUCGGCUAAACAGCAAAACCUUUUCUGCAUGCUAAGAAGUAAGACGGAGAAGAUGAAGACGAUAAAGAUAAAGCCAGUUGUUUCAAAGCCGCUUCAAAACUUGGCUCAAGUCAGAAAGUAACCAAGUACAGUUCUUUUCUUUUCAAACAUAAGAAGUAGAAUACAAAGAUGAAGACUCCCAAGUCCCAAUCCAGAUUCGUGAAAAUCAGCUGACGCGCAACAUAAAAGGGUACUUUCCGGCCGUCCUCUCUUCGGAAGAGAAGAGGUCGCUUUCCCACCACCUCGACCCCGAGGUCACCCCGACGACGAUGAUGAUCGUCGUUCCUGACGCUCGCGCGUGUCUUUGCAGUGCGGCGACUUUGCGGCGGGUUGGGCGGCGGGCGACAUGUGCGCCGACCUGUGCGUCCGCGGCCUGGUGGAGUACAAGCGCUGCCUCUACUACGAGAGCGGGAAGAAGGUGAUGGAGGUCCGCUGGAGGGGGCGGCCUGUCAUCCUCAAGUCCAAGCUGGAGAACUUGUCCUCCUACCAGCCUCUGGGACCCCUCGACUACCAGGACGCAGCGGGCGACUCGUCUCCGCUGGACGUUCUCCUCCGCGCCACGCUGGAGGUGCGGAGCUGGCUGGGUCUGGCCGAGGAGGAGGGAGGAGCCGGCUCCCCGCUCAAGCUGCGCUCCUCGGACAAGAUCUACACCCGAGCCGAGCUGACCUCUCUGUGGUCUCUGCUGCAGCAGGACGAGUACGCCUUCCUCAGAGUUCUGCAGGACCUGAGCGUGCACGUGUCCAAGGUGUUGGGCUCGUGCGGACACUUCUACGCCGUGGAGUCGUUGUCGGCGGGCCGCGCGUGGGACCAGAACAUCUUCUCUCUGGAGGAGGACGACGGGGCGGAGGGCGCGGGGCCGGGCCGCGGCCGUCGGGGGUCGUGGGGCGCCCGGCGGAAGGUCCACCGCAUCGCGCUCAGCUUCCUGGACAUGGUGCGACGCUUCGACGACGACUUCACGCACAAAGUCCACCUGUGCGACGUCAAGCCCGAGAACUUUGCCAUCAGGAAGGAUCUCACUGUGGUGGCCAUCGACGUGGACAUGGCCUUCUUCCAGCCCAAGAUGGAGGAGAUCCUGGACCACAAGUGCAGCGCCGACGACGACUGCAGCUUCUUCGACUGCGCGUCGUCGUGUGACCUCGGCGCGCGGCACUGCCGCCGCCGGCGCGCCAACACCAACUUGCAGGUGAUUUGUGAGAAGAUCUUCAGGCUGUGGUUUUCUCCCACGCUGCUGGGCGCCAAAGCGGGGCUCCCCCUGCAGGUGGAGCUGCAGAGGGCGGUGCAGGAAUGUUCUGAGUCGGGCGGCGUGAACAAACAAGGACUUGGAGGAGGAGGCGGCCGGGAUGUCCACCGGCGCCUCUUCCGUAUCCUGACUCGCCUCCUUCACGAGGGAGGAAAAUCAGACGAAGAGCACGAGACCGAAGGCCGCACGGCGCUCAACCUCUGAGAAUCCUUCGAAGAACUUCAAAAGCACCCCUGAAAAACGUCUCGUUAACUUCUGACAACGUUGCGAGGAAUCUCACACGAUGUCCGUGAUCAUGUGAUCGCAUUCCAGAAAGUCAAUCUUUGACCUCCGAGCUCUUCGAUGUGCGGAAGGCGGUGACUUCAUCGACUUCAAACUUCAAGAAGGAUUUGCGUCAAUUCUGCUUCCGAAUGAUGCCGUUCGUGACGUCACAGCGCGUCCUUGAGGGACUUCAUGAGAAGCAAACACACAGAUGUCCCGGCGUCGGCUGCACGGAGUCGUGUUUCAAUUGAAACAAUAAAUAUGGAGGAUGCGUUAUGUGCUGUUUCACGCAGGCAGAGCCAAAACACAAAACAAUACAAGAUCGUUUGCGCUUGUCUUUUGUGCCUGCCGGGUGCUAUACAGUCAGCAAAGGUUUUCGUCUCGUUCGGUGUGUUUUGUGGACGGGGACGACGUAAAACCGCUUGCAAAGUCAAACGAAAUCUGUAGUUUAACUUGGAAUAAAAGCGAAAACCAGCGAAUAAUGAUGAGAA